AUGUCGGAGCCCCGUUCCGACCGGAACAAGAUGGGACUGCUUGGUGCAGUCAGUUUCGUCUGUGGUAAUAUCAUCGGGUCAGGCCUAUUCAUAACCCCAACGGCAAUAUUACAGUAUACCAACUCAGUAGGACUGUCAUUAUUGGUUUGGUUCCUCAGUGCUCUGAUAUCAAUGUUGGGAGCCUAUUGUUAUAUUGAGCUGGGCACCAGUAUACGACAUUCUGGUGCUGAUUUCGCUUAUUUGUGCUAUGUUGGAUGGUAAGUGACAUUUGUAGGAGUAGGGCAAGGGUAGGGCAAGGGUAAGGCAAGGGUAGGCAAGGGUAGGCAAGGGUAGGGUAGGGUAAGGUAGGGUAGGGUAGGGUAGGUUAGGGUAGGGUAGGGUAGGGUAGGGUAGGGUAGGGUAGGGUAGGGUAGGGUAGGGUAGGGUAGGGUAGGGUAGGGUAGGAUAGGGUAGGGUAGGGUUGGGUAGGGUAGGGUAGGGUAGGGUAGGGUAUUUCAAGUCUAAAAUCAUAAUUUUUAAGGUUCCCUAUCGCUUUUUCGUUUCUCUCAACGGGUUGUUUGAUGACAUUUCCGGCUGUGGUAGCCGUAGAAGCCUUAACAUUCAGUGAAUACCUAUUUGAAGGGCUGUAUAUUAACCUAGAAUCAGCCGUUUCGCAACAUAUGGCCAAAACCUUGGCCAGUUUCAGCUUGGUUUGUGAGUUUUAAAUUUUAAAUUUUUGAAAAUUUUAAAUUUUAAAAAUAAAUUUGGCGCAUUUUACAAAAAUAUUGCAAAAAUUUUCUUUACAAAACAAAAAAUGGCAAGAACUUUCUUUACAAAACAAAAAAUGGCAAGAACUUUCUUUACAAAACAAAAAAUGGCAAGAACUUUCUUUACAAACCAAAAAAUGGCAAGAACUUUCUUUACAAAACAAAAAAUGGCAAGAAAUUUGAUUACAAAACACAAAAUGGCAAGAACUUUCUUUACAAAACAAAAAAUGGCAAGAACUUUCUUUACAAAAUAAAAAAUGACAAGAACUUUCUUUACAAAACAAAAAAUGGCAAGAACUUUCUUUACAAAACAAAAAAAUGGCAAGAAAUUUCUUUACAAAACAAAAAAUGGCAAGAACUUUCUUUACAAAACAAAAAAUGGCAAGAACUUUCUUUACAAAACAAAAAAUGGCAAGAACUUUCUUUACAAAAUAAAAAAUGACAAGAACUUUCUUUACAAACCAAAAAAUGACAAGAACUUUCUUUACAAACCAUUUCAGGGCUGAUUUGUUUUCUCAACUUUUUUUCGCUGCGAACCUUUGUUUCGCGGUUUCAAAUCGCGGCGACGGCGGCCAAGAUCCUAGCCACAAUGACAAUCAUUUGUGUUGGCAUGUACAUGUUGGUAUUUAAAGGAGAAGUUGAGAAUUUAAAGGACCCAUUCGCAAAUUCAACUUAUGAACCGAGUAUGAUUGUCAACGCGUUCUUUCAAGGGCUAUUCUCGUACGACGGCUGGGACGUGCUGAAUUUUGGGGUAGAGGAGGUGGCUAAUCCUACUAGGUAAAGUUUUGUGGUUUCAUCGGGGUAUAACUUAUCUUACUACACCCUACUUUAUUUUGCCUCACCCUACCCUUCUUUAAAAUAUCUUGCCCUAUCCUGCCUUGCUUUACCCUAUCUUGCCUUACCCUCUCCUACCUUGCCUUGAUUUGUCUUGCUUUACCCUUGCCUUGCUCUGCCGUGCCUUGCCUUAACCUGCCAUACCCUAGCCAUUACUAUAACCAAAACUUUCAGGACCUUAUCACUAGCCAUCCCCAUUGGAAUAUUCAUCAUAGCCUUUGUUUACUGCGCUACCAACCUCUCCUACUUUGUUGUACUCAGCAUUCCAGAAGUACUCAAAACACCGGCCGUUGCUCAGGUAAUAUCAAAAUUGGCAUUUCAAAUUUCUGAAGCCAAAUAGCCUUAAAUUUAAAUUCAGAAACGUGACUGAGUAUUAGAAAUAAUAACAUGGGUAGGGGUGUCGCUAGGAGUAUAGUUCAGGGUAAAAACAAGCAUCGGAAAAGGUCAAGCUAAACUUUUAUAUGCAAGAGCAAAGGUAAAGACUUGUAGAGCCAGGUCUAGUGAUAUCACGUAACGAAUCUCAGCAAAACUUUUAGACUUUUGCCAACCGUACUAUGGGUUCAUUUCGCCAUGCCAUGCCAUUUUUAACAAGUAUAAUGUUGAUUGGUAGCUUAAACAGCACAAUUUUUACUUCUAGCAGGUAAGACACACAUUUCUUUUUAUUUUUAAAAAAUGUUUGGUCAUCCCCACCCCCCAAAUAUAAAAAAGUUUUUUUUACCCCGCCCAUCCGCCCACCCUCCUACCCAAAUAAUGAUAUACCUACCUACUCCACCUUGUUUUUGCCAUUUACUCUCUCCCUAUCCCAUCCACUCCCCCUAUAAGCUAAACAUAACUUUUCAAUAUUAAGGUACCUAUUCGCCGGAGCACGUCAAGGCCAAAUGCCAUCAUUCCUAAGCGUAGUAAACGAGAAACAUGACUCCCCACGUGCAGCCAUCUUCUACAGUGUCCUACUAGCCAUGUUAUUCGCGUUAGUAGGUGAAGUAGACAAACUCAUCAACUACCUAACCUUUGCCAUGUGGGUACAGCGAGCCUUGACUAUGUGCGCUCUACUCUAUAUACGUUACUAUAAUGUAAAAGUUCAUCCUGAUCGUAUACGAGUGCCUAUUAUACUGCCUAUCGUGUUCUUGAUCAUUUGUAUUACUUUGGUUAUUACCACGGUAACGGCGGAUAUUAAAACGGCCAGUAUUGGGCUGGUGUUUCUGAUCACUGGUUUUGUGUUUUACAUGGUAUUUUUGUGGGAUAAAGGACUGGCAAGAUACGACGGGUACAAAAAUAGCUGCGCCAGAGUUGAUGGUAAGCUAUCCUACCAUACCCUACUUUUUCCUACCUUAAACUACCCUACCCUCCCCACACUAUCCAACGCUACCUAACCUACUCUACCCUACCUUACCCAGUCUACCGUACCCUACAAGUCUAAAGCAAUGUCAUUGCCAUAUAUUCCCAUUUUCAGAAAAGCUAGCCAUUUACAACCAAAUCAUAUUCAAUGGUAUGGUAUCAGUAAACAAAAAAGAAUCCAUGUUUGAAAACAAAACGCAAUUAUUAACGGAUUCUCCCAGUGCUACGCCUAUUAUUCAUCAUUAG